AUGAUUAAUGAGGAGGUUAUCCAGUGUGGUCAUAAGGAAGCCGGGGAUGAGAUUGUGAAAUAUUUGAAUGAGUUGAAGAAAGAAUACCAAUUGGAUUAUAGUAAUUUUAUUAGUCAUCCAGGCAAUUUAUUUAUAAAGCCCUUGAAUCGGGGUAGUGAUGAGGAGCAAAUUCGAGAAUACUUCAAUAAUCAUUGUAAGUAUAAAUCUUUGAAAGAAAUCAAUAUAUUUGAUUCUUCUAAUAGUGAAGAUGAAUUUGCAAUUUUGAAAUUUAGUAAUCAUCUUGAUGUUGAUUACUUAUUGGAUCAUUUAAAUUGUUCAAUUAAUCCGUUUCAUACUAACUCAUCGAUUUACUUGAAUCGAUAUCUUAGUAAAAAAGAACGUAAAUUAAAUGAUCAACAACAAAACCAGCCACUGCCUCCAUUAAGUAGUGAUUAUAAGUAUAAUUCAAUCAUUCUUGAAGAUUUGGAUGAUUUUUUCCCCAAUUCACUAACCCUAAAUACUUUUAAUGAAUUCAUUAAUAAAUUUGAAAUUUUUAAUCCAAUUGAAUCGAUUUAUAUUCCAAUUCAAUCAAUAAAUGAUCAAGGAUUGAUUUCUCCACCCAAAUUUGCCUUUAUCUCUUUUAUUAAUCAUUAUAAAAUGGACGAAAAUAUCUUGAAAAUCCUUUAUUUUCUUACCAACUUGAAUUUUGAAGAGUUUAUGCAUUUUGAACCAGAUCAAAUUUAUAGUAUUGAAGAAGAUUUAAACUUAUCCGAAGAAGAACCCGUACAUCCAGAAGGAUUGAAGAUUGCAAUUAGUCAACAUAAGCAUAAUCACUACCUUUAUCAAAUAAUUAGCAAAAAUCAAUUAUUUCUUUAUAAUAUUAAUAAUCAAGUGUCAAUUGGGUAUCUCAAUGUACCAAUUCAUAAAUCAAUCAUUGCAAAAUUUUCAAAAUCAUCAAAUUUACAAGAAACAAAUGUUUAUGUAAAUAAUUUUGCAAUCAUUUUCCAAAAUAACGAUGAUUUGUGGAAUAAAUUUUGGAUCCAAUUUGGUUCAAAUAUAAAAUCAGCUAAAAUAAUUAAAUUAAAUCAUAAUUAUUCAAAAACCGAUGAUCAAAUUAGAAAAAUUGGUUUUGUAUUUUAUUCUUCUUUUAAAAUGGCCCUAAGGGCCAUUUUAUUAACUAAUAAUAAAACUCUAAUCAACCCUUCAAAUAAUCAAAUUAUCAAUAUUCAAACUUCAUUUGCAAUUCAAAAAACAACUAAUAAUCGCCCAAAAUUUCAAAAAAAUUUAUCAUUACCAGUGUAUCAAGAUUCAAAUUACUUUUUCCAUUCAAACUUUAAUAAUGACCCAGCAAUGAUUCCGCGUCAUUCUCAUACUGGGGUCCCCGAUGAAACUUUUGUCGCUGCCCCUCCCCAUCCUCCUCCUCCUCCUCCUCAUUUGGCUUACUAUAAUCCUUUAUUAAUGUUUAAUUACUCUUUUGUUCCUGAUGAUUUCUACUAUUAUCCUUUUCAAUACGAAAAUCUGUAA